AUGAGGAGAGGUUUGCUGCUGGUGACUCUGUUCUUCAUCCUGAAACUUCGGCACAGCCAGUCCAGAUGCGAAGAAACCGGAUCGCGCAGAUCAACUUCAGAUACUGCAGGUUUGGACAACCUAAAGCGGAACAUUCUGAAGAGGUAUAGCGAUUUGGAUUACGACAGCUUUGUGGGACUGAUGGGCAGAAGAGAUACGGAUGCCAACAUUGUAGAGUCUCCACAAAAAAGAGAAAUGCAUGACAUAUUUGUUGGUCUUAUGGGGAGGAGGAACUCAGAGCCUGAUAAUGGCCGGAGGAGAGAGAACCAAGAGAGGAGAGGCAUUUUUCUGAACAAGUGCAGACUGAGGUUUCUUCAGGGGCUGUAGACACUGAAACAACAGUCAUCGACGACAACACAAACAAUAAAUCAAGUGUC